AUGACAGACCAUUCCGCAGCAGUCAAGGUCGUGACAUGCUUCCUCCUCAUCGUCUCGUUCAUCGCAGUCGUAGCCUGUUUGACGACAAACUGGCAGGUUCUGAGGAGGAAGGUGUCUAGUGUGGCGCUCCUUUUGAGCACUUUGAUCGCAUCGAUUGCCUCCGGGGCAGCUGUAUCCGUCGCUGCAACUCAUGGCUUGGGACAGGCUUCCCCCCUCACAGAUGCCCAGGUGGUCGUCAUGCAAAAGGCCCUCUACUCCAUGGAGGUGCUGUAUGUUUUGACUCUGGGACUGGGAAAGCUAUCUGUCAUGGUUCUCUUCUACAGUCUGCUCUCGUCGACAGGCCAGUCGAAGUCCGUCCUGGCAGCGACGGGUCUACUUUUAAUAUGGGUUGUGGUAAUGGUCAUUGUGGUAUGCCUGCAAUGCCAUCCACCCGAAGUUUGGAACAUCGUCGGCGGAACGUGUCUUGACUUGUCCGGGAUUUGGAUAGCAUUCGGGGUCAUGAACGUCUUGGUCGAGAUCAUGAUUAUCGCAGUUCCGUCCUUCAUCAUCUUCCGUCUGAAACUGAGUCUGAAAAGACGCUUGGUCGUCAUAAGCUGCUUCGGCAUCCGGAUCCUGGACAUCGCGGGCAGUAUUGUACAGCUAUGCUACGUCCGUAAUUUCAAGAUCCACGCCGACUCCCCAAUGCCGACCAAUGUUUGGCAAUGGGCAAUUUGCAGUCAAGUGCUUCAAACAGUGGCUAUCUUAUCUGCCUGUGUGCCAUACCUUCGAGAGUUCCUGGAGUCGUUCCCCAGUGGUAUGUUCAAGCCGACUGAACUCAAACAUCCUACGGUGCAGUCGGCAUACAAUGCGACCAAAUGUUCGGACAGCGAUAUAGAAUUAAUGAGGCCGGAAUCAACAAAAGAUACUUAG